AUGGGAGGAGUGUCUCCGGACGGGCCGGGCGGCGUGAGGGCCCCAGACGGAGGGUGGGGGUGGGCGGUGCUAUUCGGCUGCUUCGUCAUCACGGGCUUCUCCUACGCCUUCCCCAAGGCCGUCAGCGUGUUCUUCAAGCAGCUCAUCGCCGAGUUCCACGUGGGCUACAGCGACACGGCCUGGAUCUCCUCCAUCCUGCUCGCCAUGCUCUACGGCACAGGGCCCAUCUGCAGCAUCCUGGUGAACCGGUUCGGCUGUCGGCCGGUGAUGAUGGUGGGCGGAAUCUUCGCCUCCCUGGGGAUGAUCAUGGCAUCCUUCGCCACCAGCAUCUACCACAUCUACCUGACCACCGGCGUCAUCACAGGUCUGGGCUUGGCGCUGAACUUCCAGCCGGCGCUGAUCAUGCUGAACCGCUACUUCAGUGAGCGGCGGCCGCUGGCCAAUGGGCUGGCUGCGGCGGGGUCUCCCGUGGCGCUGUGCUGCUUGUCUCCUAUUGGUCAGCAGCUGGGUCACGUGUACGGGUGGCGGGGGGGGUUCCUCGUCCUGGGGGGGCUGCUGCUCAACUGCUGCGUGUGCGGCGCGCUCAUGCGACCUUUGACCUCUGACCCCAAGCCCAAGCGGCGGCGCGACCAGGAGACUCCGCGGGCCGUGCAGGACCAGAAGGAGGCGCCGGCGACCUCCGACCCCGCCAAGCCCAAAGCAGCCGCCAAGCUGCUGGACUUCAGCGUGUUCCGAGAGCGCGGGUUCCAGAUCUACACGCUGGCGGCGGCCAUCAUGGUGCUGGGGCUGUUCGUGCCGCCCGUGUUCGUGGUGAGCUACGCUAAGCACAUGGGUGCAGAGGACAAUAGGGCGGCGCUGCUGCUGUCCAUUCUCGGCUUCAUCGACAUCUUCGCCCGGCCCACAUGCGGCGUGAUCGCGGGCCUGCGCUGGGUGCGGCCGCGCUGCGUCUACCUCUUCAGCUUCGCCAUGAUCUUCAACGGAACCGCAGACAUCCUGGGUUCCUUCGCCUCCACGUACGACGAGCUGGUGGUGUUCUGCGUGUUCUUCGGCGUCUCCUACGGAAUGGUGGGCGCGCUGCAGUUCGAGGUUCUGAUGACCAUCGUGGGGACGGAACGGUUCUCCAGCGCCAUCGGCCUGGUGCUGCUCGUGGAGGCUCUCGCCGUACUGGUGGGGCCGCCCUCCGCAGGGCGGCUGCUGGACUACACCCAUAACUACCAGUACGUGUUCCUGCUGGCGGGGUCGGAGGUCGUGCUGUCGGCGCUGGUGCUGGCCACGUGUAACUUCCUGUUCAUGAGGAAGAAGGAGCCGGAGGAGCCGGCGGUGCGAGAGCGCGAGCGAGGAGAGCACACACACACACACGCACACACACACACAGAACGGGAGCACGAGCGAGGAGAGCGAGAGCGCCCCCCGGAGGAGAUGCAGCAGAUCGGCCCCAGCAGUAGCUCCUCCUCCUCCGCCACUAACCCCGCCUCUAACUCCGCCUCUAACCCCUCCAGUGGCCACACCUCCCCAGCGCUCAGCCCCGCCCCCGUUGCCGAGGUGACGAGUGCGAAAGUGGAGGUGGAGAAGCAGCAGCAGCCAAUGUCUAGUGCACUGUGCAGCUCCAGCUUGGAGGAGAUGACGAAGGUGCUUUAA